AUGGGAAAGAUUAUUUUCUACGAGGACAGAAAUUUCCAGGGUCGGCACCAUGAGUGCAUGAGCGACUGUGCCGACCUGCACCCGUACUUCAACCGCUGCAACUCUAUUCGUGUGGAGAGCGGCUGUUUCAUGGUGUACGAGAGACCUAACUAUAUGGGCCACCAGUACUUCCUGCGCAGGGGGGAGUACGCAGACAACCAGCGUAUGAUUGGCAUCAACGACUGCAUUCGCUCCUGCCGCAUGAUUCCAGUGUACCGCGGCUCCUACAAAAUAAGACUGUACGAAAGGCCUGACUUGGGCGGCCAAAUGUAUGAGGUGAGCGACGAUUGCCCCAACGUCCAGGACCGCUUCCGCAUGUCCGACAUUAACUCGUGCAACGUGGUCGACGGCCACUGGCUGAUGUACGACCAGCCCAACUACAGGGGGAAAACCUACUACAUGAGGCCCGGCGAGUACCGCAGAUACAGCGACUGGGGCGGAGCCAGCCCAAGGAUUGGCUCACUCAGGCGAAUCACCGACUUCAACUAAAAAGUUGCUUCUUUAUCUGUUCUCA